GCACGUUUUUGACAUCGGCUUUUUACUUUAAGGCUAAACUUUACCGCUUCUGAGGAUUAUAAACGGCUGACAAAGAACUGAGGAAAGGAAAAAUUAUUGUGCUUUAUUUUCUUGGCUGGAAUUUUUUGUUCCUUGGGACUUAACAUUAAUGCUUCUUUUAACAGUGUGAGCUACUUGGGAGCAUCCUAAGCAGGCAUUCAAAAAGGGGAAAAAUCUGUAUAGUCCAAGAAUAAACUUGGUAGAGAAGAUGAGGAAUCUACUGUGGAGCUAACAAUGUUUUCACCGGACGAGAACUCAAAGAAUCUGUGAGAAGGUAAAGUAACAUCAACCCCAGCUAUCCCAACCAUCCUGGCGACAAUGUCAGUCACCCAUAUUAAUGAUUCAUUAAAUGGGACAAGCUUCCCAAACCAGGGAAUGAUGGAUAUACCCAAAGACCAAAAAUCUUUGAAUCUUUUUAUUUUUUGCUUGACUUUUGUCAUCACAUUCCUAACCCUGCUGGGUAGCAUCUAUUCAUUAGUUUCCCUGCUGAGAAUGCAGAACAAAAGUACAGUUUCCAUGCUUGCAACUUCUCUAAGUGUGGAUGAUCUGAUUAGUGUGGUACCAGCAACAAUUUUUAUGCUCAAGCCUUGGUUGAAUGAGAUGCUUCCCCAGACUGCGUGUAACACUUCAGCGCUACUGUACUUAUUUCAGGGCUUCUCCAGCAACUUGAUGGGGUCCCUUGUAGUUUCCUAUAACUUCUACAGCCUCAAUAAAAUGGGAGAGAGCCAAGGGGCCACCAAGAGGCCAGUGAGCAUAAUAUGGGCUGUUCUUACCAUCUGGAUUGUCUGCCUGCUGAUUUGCAUUUUGCCUUUAUGUGGCUGGGGCACCUAUGCUCCCACCUCCUGGGGAUGUUUUGCUGACUGUUCCAGUUCGUAUAUCCUGUUUCUCUUUAUAAUCUAUUCAUUGUGUUUCUGUCUCCUAAUUAUACUCUCCAUUCCUCUUAUUUAUCAAUUGCUGUGUUCAGAUGAGCAACAGCAUUUUUAUGAUGAUUAUCAUCAAAUCACUGGUGGCCAUUUUUCUUCUGGGGUACUUCCAUUUGAAAGUCACACAUCUUCUCUUCCUAUAGAAGACACUAUGAAUAAAACCCAGAAGCACUGUCAGAACUCUGACCCAGUUAUCAGACAAAGUCCAGCUGACCACUGUCACUUGGAUCACUACGGCACACGAAAUGUGCCACCUAACAACCGGAACACCACUGUGGAAUUUGCUCAGAAACGUUUCUCGCUAAUUCUUGCUCUGACCAAAGUCAUUCUUUGGCUCCCAAUGAUGAUACAAAUGGUUGUUCAAUACACUGUUGAGUUUCACAAUCUUUCCUUUGAGAUAUUCAGCUUCCUGCUAACUUUGCUAGCUGUCACUGUCACUCCGAUGUUUGUCUUGUCAGAGCACUGGAGUCACCUGCCUUGUGGUUGCAUUAUCAAUUGUAGAAAGAGCAUCUAUUCAGUGUCAUCAGAGGAAAACAAAGCCAAAAGAAGAGGUUUUGAAUUCAAUUUGUCCUUUCAACAAGGUUAUGGAAUCUAUAAGAUAUCCCAUGACAAUCACCACAGUGAUGGUAGCAAUUCAAUAUCCUAUCACAGCUUGCUCAACUGCGAUUGUGAGAACACAAAAGGAACUCAAAAAGAAAGCAGCAAACUGGAGAUCAGCACCAUUUCUGUAGUGGACAGCUCCAUGUAUAAAAAUAUUGCUGGUUGCAAAAAUGUUGACAGCACAGACACCAGGAAAGACUUAAGCAGGGAUAAAUUCAUAGACUGCCUAAUGCCUGAUAAAAUGUCAUAUAAGAAAGAAGAGAUCGGGAAUAUUGAAAAAGGAACUUUUUUUGAAGGACCAGAAAGAAGGUUGUCUCAUGAGGAGGGCCGGAAACCAGAACUCUCUGACUGGGAGUGGUGCAGAAGUAAGUCGGAAAGGACCCCUCGACAGCGUUCAGGCGGUGCCUUAGCUAUUCCUCUGUGUGCAUUUCAAGGAACUGUCUCUCUUCAAGCUCCCACAGGAAAAACCCUCUCUUUAUCUACAUAUGAGGUAAGCUCAGAAGGACAAAAAAUCACUCCCACAUCCAAGAAAAUUGAAGUGUAUCGUUCCAAGAGUGUGGGCCAUGAGCCAAAUCCCGAGGAUUCUCCAACCACAUUUACUGACACCAAUGUGAAGAUUCACUUAGAGGUGCUUGAAAUUUGUGACAAUGAAGAAGCCAUGGACACUGUUUCCAUCAUUAGUAAUAUUAGCCAAUCCUCUGCCCAGGUCCGCUCUCCAUCCUUACGUUAUUCUCGGAAAGAAAAUAGAUUUGUCUCAUGUGAUUUAGGAGAAACAGCAUCUUAUUCACUCUUUAUACCGUCCAGCAAUCCAAACAGUGAUCUUAACAUAUCUAUUCCUGACACUGUCGAAGCUCACAGGCAGAAUAGUAAAAAACAGCACUUGGAAAAAGAGGGUUAUCAAGAAGAAAUACAAAUGUUAAACAAAGCAUACAGGAAAAGAGAAGAAGAUGGGCUUGGCAACUGAAAUGGAGGAAAAAAGGGCUGUGAAUAAUUUGUACCCUCAUUUUUAAAGUUUGCUUCGACCCUCAACCAUUUAUCCAUGAAAUUUGCAGAAACAAUUGAAUAACAUUAAUGCAUUCACAACAGAAUGCAUUAAUUACAUACUUUGUCCAAAAGCUGUUUAAGCCGUACUGCUAUAUAUGUACUAGGGAAGGGCAGAUUUCCUUCUCUGUCUUCUGAAGAAUUACUACUGGAAGUUUGCUUGAUGAGGUAGUUUAAAUCUCUACUUUUAACGUCAGUUUUGCUGCACUAGCAAUGGAGCCAAAAGUGAGGCCUUUGAGAGAUAUGUAAGGGAGGCUGAGAAUCCUGGAUUAAAAAUUGGGGUUAAAGGAUUGCAGCCUCCCAGCCAACAAUCUCAGGGGGACAGUCUUCUUUAUAAAAAAAAAAGAGCUGAUUUCUAGCUUUAUUGAGGCAAAAUGAAUUUAGCCUCAAUCUUAUGAUUACAUUGUAAUAUUUUUGAUAAAAUGAUAAAGAUGGUUUUGACUUCCCACCUGGCCUACAGCUUGACAUUCUUUAAUGGUAUGAUAUCCAAUUACUAACCAGACCUGACUCUGCUUGGUUUCCAAACCCAAACCACCAGAUGCAACACUAGUCAGUCUAUUUCUUUCACCAGAAAGGAAAUUGCUAUCAUCUUUCAGUAUAUUUAACCAACCAAACGAUAGUCCAUUUGUGAACAGUGUUAAGUGUAGAGAUUAAUGCAAAAUGGCCACUUGUUUAUAGAAAGAACUUUUUGGUUAUUUUAACCCAAUGAUCUUAUUAUCCUCCUGGAGUUGUGAUUAAUGACCAUUGAAAAGAGUCCCCUUUUGCUUUCAAGAAGGCAUGUAACUUGCUUAUUUCACUAAUAUAGUAUACUAGCUGAUAACCUGGCAUUGCCUGGGUAUUUAUUUAUAAGGGGGAAAUGUCUGGGCUAAACGUA